AUGCUGUUGUGGAAGGACCCAGAAAUUAAAGCUGGUACCAGGUUUUCAUCCCUUGUGUCUACCAUGUGUGUUUCCAGCGGGAGCCGGGUUCAUGGACUUGGGCAUCUCUCAAGAGGCACCCUGGUGCCCAGAUGGAUUAACCCUGCACAUCACCGUCCUACCCUCCAUCCUGACAUAGUGACUGAGCUUGAGGCCUCUGGCUUGCCUUUGUUUCCCUUCUUUUUUUUUUCCCCCUUUGCCUCUGUUUUUCCAUUUGUAAGAUGGGGCUCCUUUCCCCUUAACUCUGACUUUGACUUACCGGGUGGAGUAACCUUGUAA